GCACAGACCACAGACACACGGACGCGCUCGGCCUCAUCUCUGAAGUACUGCGCGCGUGAAUCACUGAGAUGAGAUUGCGACACCGGGAAAUUGAGUCAAUGAAGUGACGGGACAGGGGCUCUAAUAGUGAGGAGGGGGCUCUCCAGGAAACACCCACUGGAGGCGUAACCUCUGUGCGCUCUGUGCUCACAGUACCGUCAAUGAACGCCAAUUUUCCCACGUUUGUAGCCGUGUGUCCGACGCAGACUCAUGUGGACGAAACAACAAAGCGCAGACUAUUGUUUAAAGUUUUUGAAGGUGUUCUUUAAGGGAAGACGGUUUAACAUUUCCAAGUUUUCAAUGCUACUGCACUUUAUUUGAUCGUUUCCCGGGACACAUCGAAGUCAUUUGGAGAGUCUGCAUUUCGUUUUGUGGUAUCGACAUUUAUCUGGAAAACGUGGAGCUUAUUGCCUCUGUCAAACUGAUGUGUUGAUUCCUGUGGGCAAAAUGUCUUCCAUCCGCUGCUUUCUGGUGCUCUGCUGGAUCCUCCUAUCACUUCACUCAUGUCAGGUCUGGUCCAGGCCCACCCCCGAGGAUCAGGACACAGUGGAUCCUGUUAAAUCAUCUGAAGAUGAAGAUGAGGAUGAAUCUUCUUCAGAAGAAAACAAACUCUCAAAUGAAUUGUCAACAAGCAAUGAAAAGCUCCAGCCAUUGGCACCUCAGUGGGUAAUGCCAGAGAAAAUGGAGAAGCAACUUCAUGCUGUUCCUGCCAGUAGGACUGUUAAGUUUCGGUGCCAAGCUAUUGGAAAUCCUACUCCAACUCUGCGCUGGUACAAGAACGGAAAGGAGUUCAGAAAAGACCAGAGAAUUGGGGGUUUUAAAAUUAGAGAUCAUAUGUGGACCUUAAUAAUGGAGUCAGUUGUCCCAUCUGAUAAAGGCAACUACACUUGUGUAGUAGAGAAUGAACAUGGCAGCCUCAAACACACCUACCUGCUGGAUGUAGUUGAGCGGUCCCCUCAUAGGCCUAUUCUACAGGCCGGUUUGCCAGCAAACCAGACAGCAGUGAUUGGGAGCGAUGUAGAGUUUGUUUGUCGAGUAUUCAGUGACCCACAGCCGCACAUCCAGUGGCUCAAACACAUCACAGUAAAUGGCAGCAGGGAGGGACCUGAUGGUCAACCAUAUGUACUGGUUCUAAAGACUGCUGGUUUAAAUACAACCGAUCGUGAAAUGGAGGUCUUGACGUUGAGGAAUGUCACCGCAGAAGAUUCUGGACAGUAUACUUGCUUUGCAGGAAACUCCAUUGGCGUCUCACAUCACUCUGCAUGGCUCACUGUAGUUGAUGACCUACAUCCCUCCCCUGUGCCUUCUCAGACAUACUUGGAGAUCUUCAUCUACUGCCUUGGGUUCUUUAUCAUCGUCAUGCUUAUUGCCACAACCAUUAUAUGUCGUGUGUGUUGUGCUCCAAAGAAGAGUGACUUUAAUAGCCAGCUAGCAGUGCAGAAGUUGGCCAAAAGCAUUCCUCUGAGGAGACAGGUAUCAGUGGAUUCAGCCUCUCUUCAGUCAGGGAAGUUUUUAAUACGACAUUCACAUUUAUCCAGUACAGGCACCAGUCUCCUGCCUGGAGUAUUAGAGUAUGAACUACCUUAUGAUCCCACAUGGGAGCUGCCUCGUGACAAACUUAGCCUGGGGAAGCCUUUGGGAGAAGGCUGUUUUGGUCAGGUUGUGCUGGCUGAAGCUGUUGGCAUUGAUAAAAACAAGCCCACACGUGUCACAAAGGUGGCUGUAAAGAUGCUCAAAGCUGAUGCCACAGAGAAGGACUUGUCUGACCUUAUCUCUGAAAUGGAAAUGAUGAAGACAAUCGGCAAACACAAAAACAUCAUCAACUUGUUGGGGGCCUGUACUCAAGAUGGCCCAUUGUAUGUAGUGGUAGAGUAUGCAGAGCUGGGGAACCUAAGGGAAUAUCUCCGUGCCCAGCGACCUGCCGGGCUGGAAUACUGGAAUGGCCCGAGGCAUGCGUCUUUGGGCAGUUUGGAAAUAAGGGAGUUGGUGUCUGCUGCUUACCAGGUGGCGAGAGGGAUGGCAUAUCUUGCAUCAAAGAAGUGUAUUCACAGAGACUUGGCAGCAAGGAAUGUUCUCAUCACAGAAGACAAUGUGAUGAAGAUAGCUGACUUUGGUCUUGCUCGUGAUAUUCACCACAUUGACUACUACAAAAAGACCACAAAUGGUCGUUUACCAGUGAAAUGGAUGGCACCAGAAGCUUUAUUUGACCGCAUUUAUACUCAUCAAAGUGAUGUGUGGUCUUUUGGAGUCUUGCUUUGGGAAAUUUUCACCCUCGGGGGGUCUCCUUACCCUGGUGUGCCAGUGGAGGAACUCUUUAAGCUGCUUAAGGAGGGUCAUCGCAUGGAAAAGCCCUCUGCAUGUACUCAGGAUAUGUACCAAAUGAUGAGGGACUGUUGGCACGCUGUCCCAUCGCGCAGGCCAACUUUCCAACAGCUGGUGGACGACUUAGAUCGCAUGCUCUCUCUCAUGGCCAACCAGGAGUACCUAGAUCUUGCUCUACCCCCCGUGCAGUACUCCCCAAUUAGUACGGACACAUCAGCAUUGUCCCUUUCCUCAAACACCUCAUAAACGUCCCAGGACCAUCACUUCCUGAAUUUCUUUAAUCCCAUUUCGUUGCUGCACACUGGGGCUGUCUCAGAUGAGCCUUGUGCUGAGGCAGAAGUGAGGUGCUUCUUUGUCGUCUUUGGCUCUGGUUCUGGUGAUGUGGAGAACAGCUGUCCAAAACGGUGACUCCCCAGUGAGGCAUCGGGAAAAAGCACACAAACCAACACAUUCAUUAAGAGCUUAAAAACUGAUUUCAACCACCAACAACUGGUGGACUUCCCCACUGUGUAUAUAUUUCUCAAAAUGUCACUGUAUAUAUUGUAAAUUACCUUUUUUGUAAUGAAUAAAGUAUGAAAUAGUUCACCAGUUAUCAAAAAUGAGGUAAAUAAUAUUAAAGUACACAGCAAAAUAUAUUUGAAUAUGAAUGUAAAAUUGUAGCAAAAACAUUUUUAACUUGAAUGUUUUGUUUUUAUAAGCAGCCUCUGCGUGUUUACAACAUAUCAGAUAAAUUAUACCUAUAUAUUUCUUGUUUUAGCCGCCAUGUAAUUGUGUCUAGUUAUGACAGCGACAUUGCACUUACUUGACUGAUGAAUGCAGCUAGUCUGUGGUCAAAAUGCUUGUAGUUUCAUGUGUUAUUAAUAUCAGUAUUAAAUUCUACUAAAAUCGA